ACGCUGGUAACAGCUGGGCACAGGGUUCUGACUAAUUUUAAGAACCUAACAACACGUACCCAUUGCCUGUACGAAUCACAAGCGGACGGAAAUACCACAGAACCGGGAAAUAUCGAGAGGAAGAUACGGAGAUAAAAUAAAAAGAAGGCAAUGCACAAUGGAGGCCCGUUGCGGCCAACGGAGUCGGGCCAUAUGCUGUACUGUUAUUUUUGCCGAAACUGCGGGACCAGAAUGCUGCACAUGGCGUCGGGCAAAAACGUAGUGUCUGUCAAGGGAGGAUGCAUCGAGGGCCUCGACUGGUCGGGUGCCAUCCACAUCUGGACCAAGUCGGCCAUGGUGCCCAUCCCCGAGGGCUGUGAGUCGUACUCGCGCGAACCCUGGGACUCCGGGCACAGCACCUCCCAGGAUUCCCUCGACCAAUCGCCCCGAAACCGUACCCUCGAUGCCAGCCAUGGCAGUGGCGACGAUGGCUUCCGCGAGCUCGCCGGUAGCGGCGGGUUUGAAUCAGCUGGGGAAGAGGAGAUGGGGAAGGGGGGACAGGAUGGGGCUGCUGCGCCUACUUGUGGGCGCAUCAAGGGAGGCUGCGAGUUUAGCAUGGUAUGAGACGAUGGUGGGAGAAGAGGCCGUGACCAGCACUCAACAUAGGUAUACCGCCG